AUGCCGGAUUUCGACUGUUACUGCGCCUUUUGCGGCGUCGUUCUAAACGACAGCCCAGAGAUCGGAAGCCGAGACCCGGAAGCUGUGAAAAGACGUGAAGAAAGGUUGGAGAGAAAACUUGAGAGACUUGUUGAUUAUUCAGACACCGAAUCAUCCAUCGAUUAUGAUCACUGGGAGGAGGAUCACCGGUAUGAUCCUGACCUCGUCAGUCAGGAGAGCCUAUGGUGGCUGGGCGAGCUGUCAUGCAUCGGGUUGAAUGCAGAUGCUCUUGAAGAGGAUAGAACCUUCUUCGCUGAUGCUGAGCCUUACGAUGACUACAUCCAAACCAACCAGACGAGGAAGAAGUUCAAUGGCAGGUUCUCUAACCAGGCCUUUAACGUUAUGCUGACAGCUCUUAGUUACUUCGAGGUCGAUGCCCAGGGACCACCUGUAUUCCCUUUCCACCAAGUUUGCUACGAAAUCUUCGAGAGAGCCAUGGCUUUCACCAAGGGCUCUUCAUCGGUGGAUGGAAACCUGCUGUACCAUGUAAUGGCUGGUCUAGCAGGGCAUUACCUGUGCCACCUCGAGAUCGACUAUGGUCCUAUGUCUGGGAUGGAUCAUUGCUGGGUGUCCAGACCUGGCGAGGAGUUCACUGUUACCAACCCCAAGGACGUGGAUGAAUUCUAUGACGACCUGCGCGAAGAACUGGCAUCGGGCAGCUUCCAGAUCUCUCCUGAAGCAAUCAUCCUGGGGCCUGCCAACCCUCAUAACGAUCCCUUCUCCAAACUAUCCAACGAGCUCAUCCGCGAAAUCUCAAACUUGCUCCCGUACGACGCGCUGGUGUCUCUGAGUGUCUCGAGGCCUUUCUAUCACGACACACUGAGCAAUCCUUUUUGGAAAUCGCGAAUCGCUAGCGACAUGCCCUGGCUCUGGGAUAUGGGUGCUAUUGCGGAGACUUCGACCACACAGAUUGACUACAUGAAGCUGUAUGCUUGGCUUGAGUUUGUGACAACGCCUAAGUUCGGAGUUGCACCUCCCUUCCUGGCCAUGGCCAACAGGAGACGGAUCUGGCAGCCCUGCAUGGAGCUCGCACGCCACUGCAAGGAGGUCAGAAAACCGCAAUACGCAACGGAGCCGGAGCCCCAGAUUGUUGAACAGGCUCGACUGCAUACGUUGUUCAAGGUUGCUCCCAUUCAGGUGCAAAAACAAGGUUGCACCAGGCGGACAACCAGGGUGACAACCAGCUCGAUGAUCUGGCUUUAUUCGUGGGGAGAUUUGGAGAAGUGUCGAUUCGGAGGCUGCUUCAUCGAAUCAUUUUGGAAUGCAGACGGCCUCCUGAUCGGGCUUGGCGUCGUCUUUGGAAGCGAUCGGCGCAUCCUUGGCGCUGAGACUGGGGAGAAAGAUGUGGCACGAAUAGGUGGCAACGACUGGAUAAGCCAGAUGUCGAUUCACCUUCGAUCAGGAGCCACGUUCUCAAUAGGCGUAGCGAGCUGUUAUCAUGAGACCAGACUGCUCUGCACCUCGAAGAACAAAUGCCUCGUCGGCGUGGAGGGACACAUUCGCUUACAACCUCUCAAAGAUUGGCUGCGACAGCAAUACGCCGGCCCUGGGAAAGAUUGGCCCGAAGAUGACUUGACGCAUCUGGACUUGGAUGGAGCAGGCGGAGAGAGGAUUGUCGAGAUUGGAGUGCCCAAGUCCGAAGUUUUGAACGGACUCAUGUUGAAAACGAACAGAGAGAGAUUCGCAAUCUUUGGUCAAGGAGAACCAGAACCAGGAAACUGGAGAAUGGUUCGGGUCCCAGAAGGACACUGCAUCCAAGGCAUCGCAGCAACGUUUGGGAAGGACCGCAUCACUAGUGCCGGGGGACCCAUGUCUUCCGUUGUAAUGCUUCAUGGGUAUUCCUACACGUGA